UUCUCCUCCUUAUCAGAUCCCCUCUUUCUCUCUCUAGAAAUCUGGUUCAGAGUGUGUGAGGUGAGAAGAGAAAAGGCAUUAAACAACCAAACCAACAAUGGCUCUAUCAACCAGCUCUGCAAUCUCUUCCAAAUCACUCCUCAAGUCCCAAUCUCUCUUCAAUUCACCCGAAACCCACCAACCCUCUUUCUCUCGGCUCCCAAGCAAGCCCCAACCCAGAUCCCACAGAUCCAUCUCCGCCGUCCACGCGGCGGAGCCCGCCAACAGUCCGGUGAUCGCCGAGAAGCCUCCGAAGUCAGCCCCGGCCCCUCCGAAGCCGGUGGCGGGGAAAUGGAGCGUGGAGAGCUGGAAAUCCAAGACAGCUCUGCAGCUCCCGGAGUACCCGAAUGAGGCAGAGCUUGAAUCGGUUCUCAAACAGAUAGAGGCGUUCCCUCCGAUCGUGUUCGCCGGCGAGGCGAGGCAUUUGGAGGAGAAGCUGGCGGAGGCCGCAAUGGGGAACGCUUUUCUGUUGCAAGGAGGUGAUUGUGCUGAGAGUUUCAAGGAGUUCAGUGCUAAUAACAUUCGUGACACUUUCAGAAUUCUGCUUCAGAUGGGUGUUGUUCUUAUGUUUGGAGGUCAAGUACCUGUAAUUAAGGUGGGAAGAAUGGCGGGUCAAUUUGCAAAACCAAGAUCAGCUCCAAUGGAGGAGAAAAAUGGAGUGAAAUUGCCUAGUUACAAAGGAGACAAUAUAAAUGGUGAUGAUUUUAAUGAGAAGUCAAGAACUCCAGACCCUCAGAGGAUGGUAAGAGCUUAUUGCCAAUCCGCGGCAACUUUGAACCUUCUUAGGGCCUUUGCAACUGGAGGGUAUGCUGCAAUGCAGAGGGUCACACAGUGGAAUCUUGAUUUCGCGGAGCACAGCGAGCAGGGAGAUAGGUACCAAGAACUGGCUCACAGGGUUGACGAGGCAUUAGGAUUCAUGGCUGCUGCAGGGCUUACAAUUGACCACCCUAUCAUGACGACAACCGAAUUCUGGACAUCUCAUGAGUGUUUGCUUUUACCUUAUGAGCAAUCACUCACUAGGGAGGAUUCGACCUCUGGCCUUUACUACGAUUGCUCUGCUCACAUGCUUUGGGUCGGAGAACGUACCAGACAACUAGACGGUGCCCAUGUAGAGUUUCUAAGAGGAGUUGCUAAUCCUCUUGGCAUCAAGGUGAGCAAUAAGAUGGAUCCAAAUGAGCUAGUUAAUCUUAUUGAAAUUCUGAAUCCAAGUAACAAGCCAGGAAGAAUAACAAUAAUUGCAAGAAUGGGUGCUGAGAACAUGAGAGUCAAGCUUCCACAUUUGAUCCGGGCAGUCCGCAGAGCAGGGCAAAUUGUGACUUGGGUAUGUGACCCGAUGCACGGAAACACCAUCCAGGCACCCUGUGGACUCAAAACACGUCCCUUUGAUGCAAUCUUGGCUGAGGUGCGAGCCUUCUUUGACGUACACGAGCAAGAAGGAAGCCACCCUGGAGGAAUUCAUCUGGAGAUGACGGGGCAGAAUGUGACAGAGUGCAUCGGUGGUUCACGAACUGUGACUUUUGAUGAUCUGAGCUCACGCUACCACACGCAUUGUGACCCAAGGCUCAAUGCUUCUCAGUCUCUUGAACUUGCCUUUAUAAUUGCAGAGCGUCUAAGAAAGAGGAGGAUUGGAACUCAGCGUUUGAACUCUUUAAGUCUUUAGGUGGCUUCAAUCUUAUUGAUUUGUUUGGCAAUAAACUCGAUAUGGACCAUCCAUCAAACCUUGUUUGGCAGUUACCUGUUGCAAGCUUCCACAUUAGCAUAAAAUCGCAAUGUUUUCCGGUGAAUGGGAUCACCUUGCGGGAUGCCAGCCUUCAACUCUGUAGAAGCUGAACUUCAGAAGUUCGUAGUCUCCAUUCCAUCGAUUUGAAGCUUUGUAAAUGGCCUGUGACUGACUGAACUGCAGACUUGGUAUUUUUGUGGAUUGGCCUUGUAGAGAUCAUAGUGUAUUUCAUAUUUGGAUUUUCAAGUUAAUUUGUGUAUUUUUUUUUCCAUUAAUUUGUGUACUUAAGCAUGCGAGUACUUUGAACAAGUGUUGGCUUUAGAUUUUUGAAGGAAAAAAAAAUAAAAAAAUUUAAUAAAAAAGGAUGCCAUGGGAUUCCUUAUUAUAA